UUAGCGCUUUAGGACUUUACAAGACGUUUUUGUUUUUCGUCUCUGCUUUUGUACUGGAAAUACAAACGGUUGCUUCUAAUAACAAGCGUGCUUAGAGUCAAAAAUGCCUUGUGUAAAGGAAUUCAAGAGAUUAAGCUCGUUGUUUGUGGCCAUUUUAUCAUUUUUUACUUUCCAAGGUGCCCGCUGUGAACUGCUAGUUUCUCCUGAUGGUCCCAGUCUGGUGAAUGCUUUAGCUGGCGAAAACGUGACUCUGGCUGUGUCCUUCAGUGGUGCCUCUGACGGUGACCCAGUUGUUAGUUGGUUUAAGGGGGUUUUAAGUAUUGCUACAUGGACUAUAAACUCCAUGGCUGAUCCACCUGUAGCUGCAACUUUAAGUAGUGUAAUCAGGAUAGACAAACAAAGUGCAUCCCUCACCUUUUUUAAUGUUCCACUUAACUACACCGGUGACUACACCAUCGAAAUGGUUAAAUCUGGAAUGAAAAGAGCCUCAACUACUUUCACUCUGAAAAUAUUUGAGUACAUCCAGAGCUUGACUCUGAGCUCACUGCCGGGUCUUAUCAAAGAGGGAACUGAGAACUUCACCCUACAGCAUAGCAUGCUCCAAGGAGUGUUUGAGCAACAAAUGUGGUUCUUCAAUGGCAUUGAAAUAAAAAACAGCUCACACUAUUUAGUGAAGACACAGGCAAAUAGUCUUGUGAUCCUCAGGCCGAACCGAAAUGACACAGGAGAGUACGCUGUGUUACUGACAAACCCCUUCAGAAAUGCAACGGCAUCUCAAAAUGUCUCUGUGCGGUAUGGACCCGAUGAGCCUAUACUUGAGGCCCAUCCACUUCAGUCUUUUUAUUUAGCAGGAGACUCUUUGAACCUCUCCUGUCAGGCUAAUGGAUUCCCACAGCCAAUCGCUGAGUGGGUCUUUGGUGGGAAGAUCAUUUCCCUAAAAGGAGUCCUGAAUCUAACAAAUGUACAAACCAGUCAAGGAGGUGUUUACACAUGCAGGCUGGUCAAUGAAGAUACAAAAGAAAGCCGCCAAAAGAACAUGACCUUAACUGUUUAUGAGCGGCCGGUGGGCAACCCUGAGUGCUCGGUGCAGUCAGUGAAUGCCAUCAACCUGCAGUAUCACUGUGAAUGGGUAGGGGGAACCCCACAGGCCCAGCUGUCUUUUCCAGAGCUAAGCAACUCCAGCAGUGGAACAGGGAACUUCAGCUUAACCGUCAAUGCAUCAGAUAAUCUAAAUGGGAAAACAAUCCAGUGCAUGGCAGAACACCCGGUUGAACAUAAUAACUGCAAUAUCACUGCAAGCAAUCCUGUAGCAUUCCUUCCAAUUAUGAGAACCACAGUUGACUCUGGGGGCAAAAUAGUGGUGACAGUCCGCUGUUUCAGUGAGGCAUCACCUAAAGCUGUUGUGUCAUGGUUCACUAGCAAUGAGACUGUCACCAACGGGUCCACAUACCAGAUCAGCAGCAACACCUCACAGCUUAUGAUUCGUCAUUACAGUGUCAGCAACUUUCUUCUCCAAAACUACACCUGCACAUGCAGGAACCCUCUGGGCAGCAAGAAAAGAGAAAUUCAGCUACAAGGACCAUCCAUCUCAGAUUCCAGUUUGUUCCCUAACCGAAACGGAACCAUCGUCACGUUGACCUGGGAGGUCCCAUCUAUGUCUGUUGUUACAGCGUUCGACAUCCAAAUGAAAGGACCAGACCUUCUGAGCAAAAAUCGCAAUGCCCCUCUGACUAAAAGCAGCUCAAAUGUAUAUCGCACAAUCCAGCAGAAACCUGGUUCUGCCAGGAGUACGGAUAUCUUUUUCCUUGAUCCCAAGCUGACCUACUGGUUUCAAGUCAUCCCCAAAGCUCGUAUGACCAAUGGAGAGCCGUCUAAGAGCCGAAGAAUUGGUCCAGGUGAAGGACUGAGUGGUCCUGCUAUUGCUGGCAUUGCAGCAGGAAUCCCCUGCAGCCUUCUGUUCCUUCUUUUGCUGAUUGGCCUCAUCUACCUUGGUGUCUACUGCAUCAGGAACAAAAGUCAUCAGCCAAGAUAUCCAGUUCCCAGAGCAGUAAAAAACAGCCAACCAAAUAUCGCCGUGAAUAACAUGCUGAAAGGAGCGCUGAAGUCCCCCCCUGACUACUACAGGUUACAGAAGACUCUCUCUGAAAAAUCAGUGUCUCUGCCCGCAUUUAUCCCUCCACCACCUACCAGAGUUGCUACAACCGUCUAA